UUUGACACAGUACAAGCGGUGGCCGGACGUCUCCGCCUUCACUCUGGCCUGCUCAUCAACACGUGUCGUUCGUUGGGAGAAUGUCGACCGCCGAACUCUAUUGCAAAGGAGCACGAGUCUGGAUUCGAGAUGAGGAAACGGUGUGGAAAGGAGCGGUUGUAUGUCAGGGGUGGGAUGAUAGGAAGUUGUCUGUAGAGGAUGAAACUGGGAAGGAGUACAUCCUUACUGACCUGCCACAUUUACGUAACCCAGACAUUCUGGUUGGAGAGAAUGACUUGACAACUCUAAGCUAUCUUCAUGAACCGGCAGUCUUGUAUAAUCUGGAUGUUCGAUUUAUGCAGCAACAGGCAAUAUAUACAUACUGUGGGAUCGUUCUUGUAGCUGUGAAUCCGUAUCAUUUGUUGCCGAUUUAUGGAGCUGAUGUUAUUGAUGCGUAUCGAGGCCAACAGAUGGGACAGAUGGAUCCACACAUCUUUGCUGUGGCUGAAGAAGCAUUUAGGAAGAUGGCCAGACAAGGUAAAAAUCAGUCAAUUAUCGUAAGUGGAGAGUCCGGUGCAGGAAAGACAGAAAGUGCCAAGUACACGAUGAGAUACUUUGCAUCAGUGGGUGGAGCAGCAGCAGACACACAGAUUGAGAAGAAAGUUCUUGCCUCGAACCCAAUCAUGGAGGCCAUUGGAAAUGCCAAAACAAUACGAAAUGAUAACAGCAGUCGUUUUGGCAAGUACAUCCAGAUUGAUUUUGAUCGCAAUCAGCACAUCAUUGGUGCGAACAUGCGGACGUAUUUGCUGGAGAAAUCGCGAGUCGUUUUUCAAGCCGAUGGAGAGAGGAACUACCACAUCUUUUAUCAGUUGUGUGCCAGCAGGAAGCAAAGUCAAUUGCAGGGACUGAAGUUGGCUGCAGCUACUGAUUUUGUCUACACGAGACAGGGUGAUUGCUUUGAGCUGGAUGGAGUAGAUGAUUCAGUUCAGUUUGAAGGAACGUGUGCGGCUCUGUCACUUCUGAAUGUACCAUCAGAUCAACAAAGAGCAAUAUUUAGAGUGCUGGCAGCUAUUUUGCACAUGGGGAAUGUUGUGUUCAUGGUAAAGAACAGACGUAGUGAUGAUGCUUCUGUCAAGAGUGACUCCGCUAGUUUAUUGACAUGUGCCAGUCUCCUUGGUGUUGACACAGCCAUGCUCAUGAAAUGGCUUUGCAACAGGAAAAUUAUCACAGCCAAAGAGACGUACGUCAAACCAUUGACUGUGGAACAGGCGCAAGGAGCCCGUGAUGGAUUAGCCAAGCACCUCUAUGCACAGUUGUUCAACUGGAUCGUCAUCCAAGUCAACAAGACUCUGACCAGUACACUUCGGAAGACGUCAUUCAUUGGCGUACUCGAUAUCUAUGGAUUUGAGACGUUCGAAGUAAACAGUUUUGAACAGUUUUGUAUCAACUAUGCGAACGAAAAGCUUCAACAACAGUUUACACAGCACGUUUUCAAACUAGAACAAGAGGAGUACACUAGUGAGAAGAUAGAGUGGUCGUUUAUUGAUUUUUACGAUAAUCAACCUUGUAUAAAUUUGAUUGAAUCAAAACUUGGAGUCCUGGACUUACUGGAUGAAGAGUGCAAGAUGCCCAAAGGCAGUGACAAGGGCUGGCUUCAAAAACUGUACAGGAACUUAGAGAAUCACAGUCAUUUCUCAAAGCCUCGUCUUUCUAACACAGCUUUCAUCAUCAGCCAUUUUGCUGACAUGGUUGAGUAUGAAAGUGAUGGCUUUCUCGAGAAGAACAAAGAUGCUAUUGUACAGGAACACAUUGCACUUUUGAAGGCAAGUGAGCAUGAGCUGGUAGGAGAACUGUUUGAAGAUCAGACAAAGAAGAAGCAGUCGAAACCAGGACAUUUACACCACACUGGAUCGGAUAGGACUGUAUCGUGGCAGUUUCGUGAAUCGCUUACUGCCUUAACGACCAUCCUCAAUGGCACAACUCCUCACUACGUCCGUUGUAUUAAACCAAACGACAUGAAGAUGGCAUUUGCGUUUGAGCCCCAUCGAGCUGUCCAGCAGCUGAGGGCUUGUGGAGUGUUGGAGACAAUUAGAAUUAGUGCUGCAGGAUACCCUUCAAGAUGGACUUACGAGGAUUUUUUUGAUCGUUAUCGUGUGCUUAUUCACUCAUCUCGUGUCAAGCGGAAAGCAGUUAGGGAGACAUGUGAAGCUGUGUUGCGGACUCAUAUUAAGGAUUCUGACAAGUUUCAAUUUGGUUUGCGGAAGAUUUUCUUUCGAGCCGGUCAGGUAGCUUAUAUGGAGAAGUUGCGAGCGGACAAGCUGACGACAAGUGGAGUGAUGAUACAGAAACACGUGAAAGGUUGGCUGCAGAGGACGUCGUAUUGUAGGCAGAAGCAAGCAGCUAUUAAAAUGCAGGCGUGGGUUCGUGGAUUUCUCGCUAGAAGGUUGGCUAAAUUUUUGCGUGAAACUCGAGCUGCCACGUGUAUACAGCGAUUCGUUCGCGGUUGGUUGGCUAAGAAGAAAUACCAGAGAAUCAGAGCAGCAGUUGUGUUGCUACAGAAGUUUACACGUGGGAUGUUUGCUCGGUGUUUGUAUCAUGAGAUGAGACGUCAUGCCAAGGCUACCAUCUUACAGAAGUGUUACAGAGGAUAUCUGGCGAGGAGGGAGUACAAGGGAAGUAGAAAGGCAAUUAUCUAUUUGCAGUGUUGUGUUAGGAGAAUGAGAGCAAAGAGGGAGCUGAAACAAUUGAAGGUUGAAGCUCGUUCUGUCGAUCACUACAAGAAGCUGAAUGUCGGUCUUGAGAACAAGAUUAUCUCCUUACAGAUGAAAGUUGAUCAAUUGACUCAGGAAGCUCAAACACUGCACAGUCACGACGCAGAGCUUGUUUCAGCUCGUGCAGAGGUAAAGGCAUUACGUGAUCAAGUUGUAAUUUUCAAGCAGUCAGCCAACCACACUGUUGAACUGACACAAGAGCUGGAACGUGUGAAACAAGAACGAGAAGCACUCGAAAUCAAAGUUAAUGAACUGCAGACAUCUCUGACAGCAAGCAGUGCGAAACACGAGGAAGACAUUAAUUUAUGGCAAGAGAAAAUUAACAACUUAAAAGAACAGCUGGAAAGUGAACAAGAGAGGCGACGUUUAGGAUCUCAGUCGGAAGAAGUUCAUGUGCAAGAUGCAAUAUCAAGCGAAAGGAAACGGCUGAUGAGUGAAUUUGAAGCUGAAAGGGUACAUCAUCAACACACUUUGAGAGAGCAAACACGAUUGACUCAACGUAUAGAAAACAUGACAGAGGAACAUAAAAUGAUGUCUCAUGAGAUUGGUCGUCUACAGGCUUUGCAAGGCAGUAUGAUGAGUGUGGCAAGUGAGGAGGGAAGCCAACGACCGUCACGCGCAGGAUCAUUAGAUAACAUUAUGGAAGACGUUUCAGCAAGACAGAUUACUGAGGUCCAGUUGAUUCUCAAGUUGAAGGCAAGGAUUCGUGAGUUGGAAGGUCGUCAAGAUGGUGAUACGUCUCCUGAUAUUGACCAACGAUCACAUUCAUUGGAGGCAGAGAAUGGUGCCUUACAGCAAGCAGAGCUCACAGGUGUGUCUCAUGAAAUUGUAGAGAGAAAGGAAGCGUUGGAAAAUGAGAACGCUACUUUGAAGGAUCAGUUGAACUCUGGCCAGUCGUCUCUGGAAAUUCAGGAGAAGCGACAUUCACGUGGGGUCGACGGAAUAGCAUCGAGUCAAGACGAUUCAUUAGUUUUACAAUUUGAUGAUGUUGGUAUGCAGAGAGCUUACGAAGAAAUGAGACUUCAGAUUGACUCACUUAUGACUGAGAAUGAAAGAUUGAAGACUGAGAAUAUGAGACGAAGCAGUAGUGAUGCAGAAGCUGCAGUAAACUUGCAGAAACACACUGUAACUGAAGUGAUGGUUGAUGAUGAACGAGAUGCUGUCCAGCAGAUUACUGCUCUUAAGGAAGCAAACCAGUUACUUCAAACUGAAUUGGAAGCUGUUCAGAUACAGGCAAAAGACAUAACUGAAUUGACAGCCAAGAAUCAAAGUCUGGAAAAGAAGCUGGCAAGGAGGAGCGGCUCACACAAUGUAACUGUUAUUGACCAGAAGUUGCAGCAGGAGGUGACUCGACUCACAGUAGAGAAUCUGGACUUAAGAGAAGAAAAUGAGAAUUUGGUAGCCAAGCUGAAAGUCAUAGUACAGAAACCACAAGUACAGGCACCACGUUUACCAGCAGAUGGUGUAGAUGGUCUAGAUGAUAAGAAUAUUACUGAAACGAAGGUGGAAGAAGAUCGUACUGCAGCUGUUGAGCCUCAAUACUUGGGCAUGUUUGAAUAUGCUCAGCAAGAUGAAGCUCGUCUGUUGAGAAAACUGAUUGUUGAUCUGAAUCCAAGUGUGAUGGCAGACUCACUUCCUGGUCUUCCUGCUUAUGUACUUUUUAUGUGUCUUCGAUAUUGCGACCAUAUUGGUGAUGAAAUGAGAAUUGAAAGUCUAUUGACUGGAUUGAUAACGAAUGUGAAGAAAGUUAUGCAGAAGUGUCAGACUGAUGACGGUGUUGUUGCCUUCUGGUUUGCAAAUGUCUGUCGAUUCAUGCAAAAUAUGAAGCAGUACAGUGGAGAGCAGGUAUCUGGUGUUAAUUAUUCUGAGACUUUGCUCAGUCAAAGUUUGAAGAACUUUGACUUGACCGAGUAUCGUCAUGUAGUCAGUGACUUGGCAGUUCACAUUUACCAGAAUUUAGUCAAGAUUGAACAGGACAAGAUACAACCAAUGAUAGUGCCUGGACUAUUAGAAUACGAAUCAAUUCCCGGUGUAUCACAUUCGAAACCAUUUGGUCUUCGCAAUGUCAGUGGAAAAGGCAAAGGGCGAGGCAGUCAAUCACCAGGUGCUGAAGCAUGUACCGUCAACUCAAUUAUCAAAGAGUUAUCCCGAGUGAUGGAAACGUUAUCAAGACAAUGUAUUGAUCCUCAACUGGUGAAGCAGAUUUUUCGACAAAUUUUUUACACCAUUGGUGCAUACAUGCUCAACAAUCUCUUACUACGCAAAGAUAUGUGUCAUUGGUCACGUGGUAUGCAGAUACGGUACAACCUGACGCAGUUGGAAGAAUGGUGUAGACACAGUGGACUGCAAGACAGCGGUGCUAUGGAAUCGCUUUGUCCGAUUGUGCAAGCCACUCAGCUGUUGCAAGUCAGCAAGAGAGCACAGAGCGACGUAGCGGCCAUAUUUGAGAUGUGCACGGCGCUGAACCCACUUCAGAUUCAGAAAAUCUUGACCAUGUAUACACCAGUCAAUGAAUUUGAGGAGCGAGUGCCUGUGUCUGUCAUUCGAGCUGUCGUUGCUCAAGGCGCCGACCGUGCCGACCCAUCACGACUUAUGAUGGACAUUAGCUUUAUGUAUCCAGUGACGUUUCCAUUCGUUCCUGUAGACGUCAAUCUUGGGUCAGUCACAGUGCCCAGUAAGUUAAAACUGAAUUUCUUGAAGAAGAUUUGAUGUCAUCAUGGCUGAGUUGGGUCUCAGGCAUAUUCUUAGUUUGAUGCAUAUUUUGUGGGAUGAAGAGAAUGAUUGAGAUAGUGGUGACGUUUUAUGUACGGGGUUUUCUCGAUUUGAGUUUCUAUGCUGGCUGAUUGAUAACAAACCGUGAAAUGGUUUGUAUUGUAGGUAUUUAUCAUCUGCCAUACAGAGUUAUGUACUGUACCAUUAUUUAAUUAAUAGAGAUUGUGUAGGUAGAGGAAAUUGGAAGGUGAAAUGUGU